UUUCCGGCACAGAGCCUAAUCGGUGGGCAGUGGCGGCGCGGCGCGGAGCCGCUGCCGGAGGAGCUAGAACCACCGAUGACCGAGGUGGUCGGUGGUGGAGGAGCUCGCGCACAUCCUUUUUCGCGGGGUGAGAGCUCGACGCCGCCGAUGGGUCAGGGGCGAGAGGCAGGUCGGCGCCUUCGCGGCGCGGUGCCGCCGCUGCCUCGUCGGUCGUAGCACCAACCACCAAGCGCCACGUCGGUGAGCUCACGUCAGCGUCCCCUCGCUUCCUGCUAAGAUGCAGCGUCCUGACUCCUGAUGCGUUCUCCCGAGGAUUGCUGCAACUUGUGUGGCCAUAUCAAUGCGUUCUCCCGAGGCUAGUAUUGAGGCACGCGGUGAUUGGUUGGGACAAAUUUAGGACUUCUCAUUUUUGUGACAAAAAGAGAUAAUAAGCAUCCAAAGGAAAAUUAGCACAAACAUCUCUUGUACAUAUUACAACUUAUCCUGUCUCCUGAGUGCUUGUGAGUUGGGUCCUAAGACCAAUUUAAGCCGCCUUCUUAGAUCCCUGGUGGAAAAUUAUAUUGUAGAUUCAGGUGGGAAGUGGGAGUGCCAUUCGAGGCAUAAACGCCCGAAUCGACUAGUUAUUUGCAACCCUCGGUGGUCAGUGCCAUCUAGUUCAUUGUUAAAUCGAUAAACUUUAGUAAUAAUGCAUGCAGUUCCACCAACCACUAGCAGACAUAAAGGUAAUCUAUCUAUCGGAUAGGAUUGGGAUUGCUCGUUCGACUAGAUAUCACAUUUGCUUUUACCUUGAUCCAACAUGUUUUAAUCAGUGGUUGAAGGAUCCAAUCAACAAAGGCAUGAAUAUCUCUUGAUAUGCAUCAUUAGUUAGACCACUUUGGUCUUUGGUACCUUUUAUUUGCAGCUAAUGAAGGUCCGGGGUUUAUGAAAGAUCAGCUAGGUAAAUUUUGUAGAUUGUUCUUCGGUGAACUCUUUGCUAAAAUUUGUAAAGUGAUAUUCAAAUUGUUGUAUCUUAACAAUAAUUAAGGCCUGAAAUUCGUCACACAAAUGAUGUGAAAUUGCUCAAAUAGUAGGGCUGUAGUAGUACCAUAAGCAUGUCUUACAACCAGCUCUCUCCUUCCCCCCCUGUGUGUGCCUUAUCCGCAGUGAUAAACUUGCGGAUCAGACUUAACAUAAAGUGAUAGCUCUUUAUUUUACUUGUGUCUGUGAAUCACAUCCGCACCUGAAUAUUUAAACGAACCCUAUUCUAGAAGUGUGGAUAUGAGCUAUGAAUUCACCCAAUCUAUAUAUAAAGCGUGAACUGUCCUGGUAAUUGCAACAUAUUGGAUAAAGACGGUAUGUGUUCUUGAUCUCAUUGAUACUGUUCUACGCGUUUAUCUGAGCUCUUAUGUCAUAUCUUCAGAGUCUUCUUGAGUAAAGUAUUAGAUUAAAAAAAUGCCUUUACUAGGAAAAACUUUGCAUAUGCAACUAUGAGUUUUUGCUAUUCGGGAUCUACCAUCGAAUCUCGCCUUGGUUUGCAUUUAUGAAUGGAAAAAUGAAACACUCUGUGCAUAUAUGCAACUUCAAGUUUCAGCUGAUUCGUGGCUUCCUAUAUUGUAUCUGGUGGCUAGCUCACUGGAGGUGGCAACAGCAGUGUUAAACAUAUUUUUCGGUCACUUGAUUUUAGAUAGGCAGUAGAUCAGAAAUUUACUAGUGAGAGUGUGCUCUUGCUGACCUUUUGUGCUCCAUAAUGUCAGAAGUCUUUUAUACUUGUUAACAUGGACGUAAAAACAGUGUUUCAGAAAACUUCUCUCCUUUCUGUAAUCAACUCAUCCUAUCUUCUCUAUCAUUUAGUAGGUAUUUAUAGUAAGGAUAUCAUGGUCAUUUUCUCUUGGUGUUCACCUUGUUAAUCCUUGUGGCCAUGUUAGGCAAGAAUGCAGGCAAGACAGAAAUGUCCAGAUGCAUUCAUGUAAUUGUGCAUGUAGAUUUCUCUUAAGCUUUCCAGUUGAGCAAUCUGGAUGAACCACUGAUCGGUACCCAUAUCUUUUGUUCAGUUUUUCUUUCUUUUCCUGGUUUACUUUUAUCACUUUUUGUUGAAUGGAUGUUAUGUCUCCUGCAGAGUAACUUAAGAUAAGCAUUGGACUCUGUCUGUAACUUAAGAUUGACUAGAUAGAUCUAAGACUCCAAAGCAUAAAGUGAUGGGUCGAGAUAAGCUUAAUUAUGGAUAGCCUGGAACAAUCAUAUGACUUACACGUAGAUGUCUACAACUUCACACUGAAGAUGCAUUAGCACAGUGGUUCAACCAAGGAGUCCUUGUGGCAAGCAAUUGUCAUGCAUAUCUGAAAUUGGAACCACUGUUACAUUUUUCACAUUCUACAGAGUUCAUAUGAUAGUUUUGCUCUUUGCAGGUAAGCAUAAUUAGAAAUUAAGAAUAUUACAUCUGAACUAGUAAGAGGCUGUAUGUUUGUCAGAGAAUUUCAGUGACAACCAUGGGUUCGAAUUGAAAUAAAAAGGGACUAACCAGGUGAUUUUGUAUUAAGAAGGAAAUACCCACCCAAAUUUUUCGCGAAGUUGACUCAAAAUUGGGUGGUGAAUGGUCAGCAUAUAUCGUGUAAACCUGCACCUCUGGCGACUGAGCAAAUCUUGAUUCCUGGAAAUCAUUGGUUCCUCCACCAUGAUAUUGGCUUCUCAUAGAAGCAACCACAGCCAUUAAGUCGACAUUCUUUUUUUAUGAAACGGAGGGGUUGCCCAUUAUAUGUUAAUAUUAAAAAAGAGAAGACACAAAUAAAAAGAAGAAGCACAAAAAGAAAAACAGAAAGAGUCCAUAUGUCUAAUUUUGUAUGCCACAGAAGUCAUGUUACUUCUCAUUAUCGGCAAAUCCAUAUUUAGGAAAAGGUCCUUCCUUCAAAUUAUUUUAAUGGAGUGCCCUGAUUAUGUUUAACCGUAUUACUUAAUCAGUCCUUUCCAUACUACACUGAUCAACAAGGUGUCAGCACGUAGUUGACUUGGCUACCAGCUGAGCUUGUGGAUGUCGGCACCAUAUGAAAGAAACAUGCAGUUUGUGGAGGAAGCAACACUCCUGGUUUAUAUAAUGCUUCAUAGAUAACUUGUUUAACUUAUUUUUGUGCCAAGAUUGCUUUUUGUCGACUAACCACUCAUUCAAGGGGUGCUUUACCCAGUAGGAUUGCUGUUGAUAGCCCAAGCAGUUCUAAGCUGACAAAUCAUCCUCCAAUUUGCGAGAUUGCUAUGGUUCACAUAAAGUGGUGGGGAUCAUAACAGAGCAACUAGGAAUAAACAUAGUGCGCAAAGAAUAUGUAACUGCUCCAUUUCCUUUGCAUUUAAGCUUAGAUGAAUCCUUUUUCUUUUUUUAAUAUUAGGUGCUGUUCUUAUCUUUCUUGUAGCUACAUCUAUGUGUUAAAUAAUGUUACUGUUGUCUGUAUAUUUUAUUCCAAAAUUGCUGUGUUUUCUCCUGGAUGCCGAAACAGUGUAGUUUACACAUGAAUCAAGUAAAUGAUUAGCUCAUCCAACAUGUUAUUUCCUGCAGUUAGGAGUCAUGUUUAUAUAAAAUGAAGAUAAAUUGUACCGAAUUUAUGGCAUGGUAGGUAUUUAUGUCUCUCUCACUUACUAGUUCAAUAAGUAUGGCUGUAUGUUAUAAAGAGAAAGGCACUGAAAAUGUGAAAACUUCUUUGCUACCGCACCAUUCACUUUGCAGGUGUUGUGAGUACGACCCUAACAUGUGUUUUGCAUGGACCAGUGCCUGACUCAGUUCCUGUGAAGUCAUGAACCCACUAAUGAAGGUCAAAUAGCUGAUUGCAGCCAGGAUUUUUCACAGCCGCACAUAAUGACCCUAUAGCUGGCUAGAAGCCUAAAAUAUUUUACAGCUGACUAGCAUAACCUUAGAGCUGGUUUGAAGAGGAUGUAACUGAUAGCUUCACAAAUUGGUCAGUAUAUAUUUAUCCCGUUCCAAUCGCCAUGCUUCUUUCCUUGAACCAGACAAACGUGAGUUCCCUUUUAUGCAAAUUCUAAUCUCCACGCUUUGCAUAUGUACUUCUUAUACAGUAUUAUCAGGCAGACAAGAGAUGGUGCUGCAUGUGGCCCUCUGAUUCCUAGAGAAACCCACUGAGAUGCAGCCCACUUGCCACAAGCAAAGAAGCUUCCAAUUGCGCACCUUCCAACCUUUACCAAAUGCUUUUUGUCUCAAUUGGCUGGCAGAGACGAAAGGGGCAAGGGCGAAAGAGGCAGCGUAUCGUAGCAUAUAAAAUAAUUCAGUAACCAAAUUAUUGCAGUCUCUAAAGAGCCUAUAAAUACUUCAGCACAUACCCAGCUUAUGAUUCUACCUGAGGCAGACUGGAAAGAAGAACAAACCUACGCAACUAGAUAGAGCUACAGAUUUGCACUUGCAGGAUUCUGAAGAAAGCUGGGUUUGUGCCCAAGAAGGACAUGGAGUACCCAAGGAGGACAUUACUGCACACUCCAUUCUCUGGGCAUCCCUCUGGUUCGAGCCAGCCACUUGAUGGAGCCGCGCCCACGGACGGUGGUGCUCCUGGAAGCAACUUCGACGCAAACGUCGUCAUGAUCCUGGCUGUUCUUCUCUGCGCACUGAUCUGCGCGCUCGGGCUCAAUUCAAUAGUCCGGUGCGCGCUGCGGUGCUCGAGCCGGACGGUGGUUGAUCCUGUGCCGAACCCAGUGACACGUUUGGCUCAGAGUGGGCUGAAGAGGAAGGCCCUACGAGCCAUGCCGAUCCUGGUCUACUCGGCUGGGCUGAAGCUCAAUGCUGCCAACCCGAUGUGCGCGAUCUGCCUCUCCGACUUUGAGGCUGGAGAGCAUGUCAGGGUCCUCUCCAAGUGCAACCAUGGGUUCCAUGUCAGGUGCAUCGACCGAUGGCUCUUGGCGCGGUCGACGUGCCCGACAUGCCGGCAGUCCCUGUUUGGAGCUCCACAGAAGGCCUCUGGCUGCUCUGAGGCGAGCAGGGUCGAGCCUGCGCCUUCCCGCUCUGUCCUCGUGCCGCUCAGACCUGAAGGUUUGGUCACUCCUUAUGAUUUUUAGAGUCGUCAGUUGCUUCUUUGUUGUUACAUGAAGGAUAAGAGGUUGGGAAGAGUAGAAACAAAAAAUUGUGAUCAUUAGAAUACUGCCAAUCUGGCUUGUACAUUGUUGCUGGAGAAAAAGAAAACUGUACAGAUUUCCUCAGUUUUCUAUUUGCCGUGUUGGUGCCAAAUUGUUGCUGGAGAAUGUGCCUUGGAAAAUGCCAGGUGCUAUGGGCCUUUUGUGAAUCACAUUUCAAUGUGAAUUUGGAAAAUGAAGUAAAGGGGAGAGGCAUGAUUGGCCGGAUUAAUCA